CGGUGUUCAGCACGGACAGCAAGCACCGCACCGCACGAACCAGCGUUCGGUUCACCUGUUCCCCCUCGCAGAGAUAUUAAUUUCCCCCUUUUUUUAUAUCGGGCGAAGAAAGCGUCAGGACUUGAACGGGCAGCCCUGACGUCACCAUGCCAGGUAGAGUCUGAAGGGAGUGUUUGGGUCGUGAGGAGGAGGUGGAGGAGAAGGUGGAACACUGCGGGUGUGCUUGGGGUGGCCUCUCCAUCGCGGUGAACACCUUUCGGGCUCUAAGAUGAUGGACGGCUGGCCGCCGCUGCUACUGCUGGCUCUCUUCGCCAUUGCGGGAGGCGGCCUCGGAGCAGACACAGAGGAGCGGUUGGUUGAGCAUCUCCUGAACCCGGCACAUUACAACAAACUGAUCCGUCCUGCGACUAAUGGCUCUGAGCUGGUCACUGUGCAGCUCAUGGUGUCGUUAGCACAGCUCAUCAGUGUGCAUGAAAGAGAGCAGGUGAUGACGACCAACGUAUGGCUAACACAGGAGUGGCAGGACUACCGUCUGACUUGGGUCCCUGAGGAGUUUGAUGGAAUGCUGAAGGUCAGGCUGCCCUCAAAACACAUCUGGCUGCCUGACGUGGUUCUCUACAACAAUGCUGAUGGCGUGUACGAGGUGUCAUUUUACUCAAAUGCUGUGGUGUCCUAUGAUGGGAGCAUCUUCUGGCUGCCCCCGGCCAUCUAUAAGUCAGCCUGUAAGAUCGAGGUCAAACACUUCCCCUUUGACCAGCAGAACUGCACGCUACGCUUCCGCUCCUGGACCUACGACCGCACUGAGAUUGACCUGGUGUUGCGGGCUGACGUGGCCAGCAUGGACGACUUCACGCCAAGUGGCGAGUGGGACAUCAUCGCCCUUCCAGGCAGACGGAACGAGAACCCGGCCGACCCAGCCUACGUGGAUAUCACGUAUGACUUCAUCAUACGCAGGAAACCUCUUUUUUACACCAUCAACCUCAUCAUCCCGUGCGUGCUCAUCACAUCGCUAGCGAUCCUGGUUUUCUACCUGCCCUCUGACUGCGGGGAGAAGAUGACCCUGUGCAUCUCCGUGCUGCUAGCACUCACUGUGUUCCUGCUGCUGAUCUCCAAGAUCGUCCCACCCACCUCCUUGGAUGUCCCUCUGGUGGGGAAGUACCUGAUGUUCACCAUGGUCCUCGUCACUUUCUCCAUCGUCACCAGCGUGUGCGUGCUCAACGUGCAUCAUCGCUCGCCCACCACACACACGAUGCCGCCAUGGGUGAAGCUGGUGUUCCUCAACAAGCUUCCUGCUCUUCUCUUCAUGCGACAGCCAAGGAACAGCUGCGAGCGCCAGCGGCUACGCCAAAGAAGGAGGGCCCAGGAACAGAAGGAGGGAGGGCGUAGCGGAGAGGCGGGGGCCCUGAUGGUGGGGCUCGGGUUGGGCGGUGCAGGCGGUAAUGGAGGGGGAGCGUCUACAGGGCUGUUCAGCAAGGAGGACAGUGAUCCGUGCACCUGCUAUGUGAACAGAGCGUCGGUUAAGCAGUUUGGAGGAGAUCUGGGAGGAGCAGGAGGGGGGUCCAUGGAUGGACUGAACAGGGUGAGGGAGGGCAGGGAAGGGGGAUCUGGAAACGUGCCGAGAGGGAAGGCAGGAGCAGGAGGUCCCGCUCUGAGUCAGGCCCUGCUGGCUCAAGCCUGCCCAGGCUUCGAGGAGGCUGUGGAGGGUGUACGCUUCAUCGCAAACCACAUGAAGAGUGAGGAUGAUGAUCAGAGUGUGAGCGAGGACUGGAAGUACGUUGCCAUGGUGAUUGACCGCCUCUUCCUGUGGAUCUUUGUGUUUGUGUGUGUGUUCGGCACAAUGGGAAUGUUCAUGCAGCCACUCUUCCAGAAUUACACAGUCAAGACCAAAACCAGCCCGCCAGGCUGACCGCUCCCACGCCAUGAACACGCUGACAGACAGCUCCCCCGACCAAUCAGCACAGCAGGACAUGAGCAGGCGGUGGUGGGGGGUGCUGGUCUGGGUUUUAUUGUGUCUCUUUGGACUGGAACCAGAACUGUAACUGAACAGCAAUCACACCCGUUACCUUUAUAGUACUGAUUUUUUGCAAAGAACAACAGUUUUUCUUGUAUGAAGACAAAGGAAAACACCAUCAUAGACUCGUACCUCCAGAUGUUUCAUGGACUGACCUCCCCUCUCUGGUGGGAAAGGUCCCUCCCUCCCUGCUCUCUUCCUCAGCCAAUCAGGGAGCGAGGGCGCUCUGAUUCACUUCUUGUUGAACCUCACGCCAGCCGACUUUUCUUGCUCGAAGCUGACUGCUUGAUAGACAUGCCCGCCUUCAACCGUGACAUUACUCAUUCAUGAUAUUGACAGCUGUCAGUGUGAGCCAAUCAGAAAGGGAAGGGAGGUUCAGAUUAAGGUUGUUAUACAUUAAUUUUAUUUUUUCAGAAAUCCACUAUGUUGGUGAACUGAUUCAGUAUAUUUUAUCAUAGCAUAGCGGCUUACCACAGUAUAGCUUUAGGAAUAUAUUAUUAAGAUUUCUCUAUGUGUUAGCUCAUGCAGGGGUCUUUUACUGAAAGAGAGGCUACGGUGUGUUGUAUGAUUGUAUAGUUAAAACAAGAAUGUGAUAUAAACUGUGUUACACAGCCUGUGAUGCGCACACAAACACAAAAUGUGUACAGGCAACAGAUUGCAUUGGAAAACACAUGCAGCAGAAUUAAAAAGAGAGUCAGGUUGCAUUAUUAGAUGAAAGUCAUGGGGAUAAAGUCAUAGAUUAUGCAUGGACAGUUUUUUGCUUAGAGACUUGUGCACAUUAAGUGGAGAGCAGCAGAAGCAGCAACCCGCUGUGCUUGAGCGCUCAGCUGCAGUCAGAUGAGUUUAGCUCCUGAGAAACUGAUGAAUCUGAGCCAAGAUGGCGAUUAGGACCUCUUAUAUGAUCUGCAGAAAUAUAGGAGUAUAUAGAGGCCAGUGUAGAUGGAGCAAAGAUCAGUAUGAAAUUAUUUUGAUGGAAAGGUGGGAGUUCUACCAUGAAAUUGAAGCUAUUAUGUGUAUUAAUAUGUAAUUUUCAUAAUUCAGUAUGUAAUGUUCAGAGCAUAUGAAUACAAGUAUGCGUGUGUAUGUGUAUGCGUGCCCCGUUACAUUAUCACAUCUGUCAGAUACAAUGUUCAGAAGAGCAUACUGUAUGUGCAUCCCCCCACCUUCUGUUGCCCUUUCCAAUCCUACGCCCCCUUAUCUCAUCUUCUACGGACAAACACAUUUCUGACAUUUAGUCCAAUUAGAGAAACGGCUCCCCGCAUCAUCCACACACCUAGUCAUUACAGCCGUUCUCCUCCUUUUCAUCAUGGACUGGCUGAUUUGUUUCAUCUCUGCAUUUCCCAGGGACGACCAAGCGGGAGGCAGAAGGCAUCUUUCAGGCACGCAGGGAGGAGAGAGGUGAAUUAAAUUUUCAAUGAACAAGAGAGAGGAAUGACAAGAGUGCAGACGCCGAGGCAGGCGGAUCAGGCGAUGAGGCACAGAUGCAGGCAAGAAGUGAAGGGCGAAUGGCAGGUUGUAGUUUUUUGAUUUUAUGUUGAUGUAGCAGCUGAAAAAAAGGGACAGCAAAAGAGAAAAGGAAUAUAGCAGGAUAGGCAGAGACAAAUGACUUCAAGCAUUGUUUACUGCAUAUAAAAGCCACUAUAAAACUGAAAAUGCUCUCUAAUCUUCAGUCACUGUCACUCUCUGCGAGUUUCCCCAGCUUUUUAUGGUUGUGCAGCCAGCUCUGCUAAGUGCUGGACUUUGAGCUUUCUCUCUCUCUCACUCUCUCUCUCUGUGUCUCUGGCGGAUGGGAUUUUCCAAACGGGGAUCCCCAACAGAUCCCAAAACAAGUGCAAAAAGCCUCUCAGAGACCUGUGAAAAACUGAAGGCUGUACGACUCCACAUGGAUUUAAAAAAUUGCUGCUGCCCACUCUUUUUCUUCCUCUCUUUCUCUCUUUGACCUUUCCUCUCUUCUUUUAAUUUUUCUCCCAUAAUCCCCUCUCCUCUCCCAUCUUCACCUUCUCCUUCCUGACUCUCAAAUCUGCUCCUGUGCACACCUUAACCAGUCCAAAUAAAGG